AUGUCCUUGAAAGUCGAUUCUGAGAAUUCAGUCGACAAUCACGACCAUCUGGUGAAAAUGGGAGCUGUUAAACUGAAACUUCGGUCUCCAAAUGUUGAUGGAAUAACUGCAGAUCCACAGCCAGAUUGGAGCUUUGAUAACUUAUUAACAGAGAUCGAUACAAUAGAAAAGAAGCUUAAUGUAUCUUCAAAAAUUUCUGUACCGUUUACCAAAACUCAACCUAGAGAGUUUCAAGCUUCAAAGAUGGCUAAUAAGUAUUCAAGGGGCUUUGUAAUGCACAUGUCAGACAAUGAGCUGGAAGCGACUGACAGUGAUAGUGAAGAGGAGGUUGAAGAUUCAUCCAUGGUCGUGGGCACGCGAUUUUCUUGUGAUGAAUUCUAUAUGAGCGAUGAUUCUGAAGAUAAAUUACCUCUUGAAAUCCCAUGUUUGAUGAAUAAAGUGGGAUUAGUGGAAGGAGCGCUCUCCGAGUUAAUUCAUGACCUUCAGUUCAGUGUUAAGGAGGAAGUGAGGAACCAAAUAUUGACAUUGGAAACAGAUUUAGUUAAUGUAAAUGAGAAGUUUGCCUCUGUAAUUGCUCAAGUUGAGAAACAUAAAGAAUUUCAGCAGGAGAAGGACAGAAAAUUUGAUUUACAUUAUCAACGCACAAUUGCGGAAGCACUUGAUAAUCACUUGACAGCUGUACAGAGGGAUCAUGAGCAUAGAUCCCAAAUAGAAGAAAGAAGAUUAAGAGAUGAUGCAGUUCGGGAAGAGGUCAAACGAAAGGAAAAGGCACAACAAGAAAAAUGGUUGCAAGAAAAAAUUAGAGCAGAAGAAGAGGCUAGGCUAAAAGCUGAAAGAGCUGAAAAGGCUAAAAAAGAAGCACUGGAAGCUGAGAAGAGAGCUGCUCAAGAAGCUGCAGUGAAAAUUACUGUAGAAACUAAAACAGAUUCUGCUACCAAUACUGUGGUUGAUUCUAAGGAGACUGUUGGACAAUCUGUGGUGGCCGGAAAUGAUUUUAAGAAAGAAGUCCAAUUGUCAGGAAAUAUAACCAAAGCUGCACGAAAUGCUCUAGAAUUGGAGGAGAGAAGAUUGCUGACUUAUAAAGAAUUAUCUGUGAAAAAUGAGGCUAUACGAUUGAGCACUAAUAAGGAUUAUCAUGGACAUGGACAGCAUAUUGCUAGACGAAUCAAAACAAUCUCUGCAUCAAUAGAAAAUGUCAGAACAAGAGCAGAUGAGUUAGUAAGGCUAAUUAAUAGUCCGGAAUGUCCCCAAUCCAUUAGUAUCCUAAUGUUUGCAGAGAAGGUUGUGUCCCAGAGUGCAAAUCCUCAAAAGAGCUUCAGUGGUAUCGUUUUUGCUUAUAGUCGUGUCAUUGUUCUUGUGACAUCGAAGAUCCCUCUCGCCAUGGAUAUUCUUCUAGCUGAGUUGAACAGAGCUUGCAUGUACACUGUACCAAAGCAUACAAGUUACUCUGCGGCACACUUUAAGACAAAAGAUGCUUACUACAAAGCCAUUGGUUAUGAGGAAAAAGAUGGGAAGAUUGAGAGUACUGAUAGUUAUGUAGAAAGGUUAAGUUCAUACAUGAAACUAUAUGGAGCUCUAGUUCAGACUGAAGUUAACGGCUUUCAAAACCUGCAUGGACUUAGAGAAGGCUGGGCAUGGCUUGCCAGAUUCUUGAAUGCUCUCCCGGCAAAUCUAUAUACUGCUGUUGCUCUGCAAUCAUUUCUUGAGAUGGCUGGAUUUGCACUUUACAGGAGAUACAAAACUCAGUUUGAAAAGUUGCUUAACAUCAUUGCUCGUGAUUUUAUCAACUCGCUGAAAGAAGGCGAUCCAGAGUUGAACGCGAAGUUGAACAAGUUGAUACAUAAUCAGUUAAUAUGCAGUUGGUCCAAUGGAGAGGAGCUGCUUCAGAUGUUGGAACAAGUCAUCGGCUAUGAUAACCAACCAUAUGAUUUUAGCCAAUGGCUGAUCUGGGAAUCGACAUUUGGGCUUGGGGAGAAUAAGCUGACAGAGAGAUUUAGAGUCGAGCCAGAGUAG